UUAUAUAACAACCUGUUGUAAACGAAUUUAACUCUUUAUUGCGGUUUACGUCUUGAGUGUAUAUUUUUGCGUGAGUCUUCGCACGGGGGAAUUAUACUUGUAGUUUACCUGAGUCUAGUUCAUUGCGGAAGUACUAGUUCGUUGCUGUUUGAGUUCUAGAUGGUAAAGUGAGCGGCGUUUUUGGUUUCUAUAAAAGGUUACAGUUUUUUCCGUGUCUAGUGGGUAGUAAGAAAUCUGCCUGAAAAUGGGGCGAAGGUCAACGUCCUCCACCAAGAGUGGGAAGUUCAUGAAUCCCACUGAUCAAGCACGAAAGGAAGCCAGAAAGAGAGAACUGAAAAAGAACAAGAAGCAGAGAAUGAUGGUGAGAGCAGCUGUGCUAAAAAUGAAGGAUCCAAAACAGAUAAUUCGGGAUAUGGAAAAACUUGAUGAGAUGGAGUUUAAUCCUGUGCAGCAACCACAGCUCAAUGAAAAAGUUCUGAAGGACAAACGUAAAAAAUUGCGGGAAACAUUUGAACGUAUCUUACGUCUGUAUGAGAAGGAAAAUCCAGAGAUGUACAAGGAACUCAGAAAAAUUGAACUUGAUUAUGAGCAGAAAAGAUCACAGCUCAGCCAGUAUUUUGAUGCUGUAAAGAAUGCCCAACAUGUUGAGGUGGAGAGUAUCCCUCUACCAGACCUGCCUCAUGCUCCUUCUAAUAUUUUAAUUCAAGACAUCCCAUUACCAGGGGCACAGCCUCCUUCCAUACUGAAGAAAACCUCUGCUUAUGGGCUCUCUAGUCGAGGUGUCUCUGUAGCUUUCCCCCCUGGUCAUGGGGUUCCACGUUUACCUCCAGGAAGGAAGCCUCCUGGACCCCCACCAGGCCCUCCUCCACCACAAGUUCUGCAGAUGUAUGGUCGUAAAGUUGGCUUUGCGUUGGACUUCAAUAGAAGAAGGGAGGAUGAUUUGAGGUACAGCCCUGAUACAGCUAACAGGGGGCACCAUGAUGGUUCUAGCUCAAGUGAAGAUGAAGGUUAUCCAAAUGAGAUGGAACAUAAGGAUGACGAAGAAAGCAGUGACGAUGACAGUGACAGCAAUCAGUCAGAUGGCAAGGACAGCGAUGAGGAUGAUGGGAGGAAGGACGAUAAAAGAAGUCAUAGUGUGCGAUUUUCUGAUGCACUAGAGAUGUCACGUAAGAAGCGAAAGAAGCAAGUCAAAGAUCUGACUCCGCUCCAAGCAAUGAUGUUGCGUAUGGCAGGUCAAGAGUUUGCAGAUGAGGAUGAAGACCAUGAUGGAGAGGAUUAUUCAUCCACAUCGUCUUCUGAAGAUGACUCAGAUGCAGAGGACACUCCUCGUGAUGAAGAGUCUAAAACGGAGUCCAAAUCUGAAUCAAGCACAGCAUCACAAAUUACAAUGCCACCUCCUGUUACUGUCCCCCCACCCCCAAUGCAGAUGCCUCCCUCCAUCAUGACAGGACCCCCUCCACUUGGUCCCCCUCCAGUUCCACCUCUAAGACCACCUGCACCACCAUCAGGACUUCCUCCAGGCCCACCUCCAGGUGCUCCUCCAUUCCUGAGACCACCUGGAAUCCGUGGGCCACCACCUCGACUGCUUCCUCCAGGACCCCCACCAGGGCGUCCACCAGGUCCUCCUCCAGGUCCUCCCCCUGGCCUGCCACCUGGACCACCACCCCGUGGCCCACCACCUCGCCUUCCUCCACCUGCCCCUCCAGGUAUACCACCACCUCCUCGUCCCAUGCUGCGUCCUCCCAUUGGCCCUCCUCCUAGUGCAGCACCUCCAGGCCUUUAUCCUUCAACACCAUUGGCGAAUCCCGGUGUAUUGAGUGCACCUCCCAGCUUGAUUCAGCGUCCCAAAUCAGACGAAACUGGGGCAACCAUUGAGAAAAAGGCCACUGCAACCAUCAGUGCCAAACCUCAGAUUACUAAUCCCAAGGCUGAGGUUACCCGUUUUGUACCAACCGCACUCCGUGUGCGUAGAGAGAACAAGGGAUCAGUACCUGCUUCAGUUCAGAAGAAACCAGAAGUCGAAAUUGCUAGGCCAGUGGUUAAAACCGGGCCAAAGCAGGGAAUCCAGAUGCCUGUACAGACCAAGGACGAUAUGUAUGAGGCAUUUAUGAAAGAGAUGGAAGGUCUUCUUUAAAGUUUUCUUUCUAACACUGUUAAGAGUUUACUUCCAGUAGAAACUGCAAAACCUUACCAUAGCAAACCUAAAUCUCAACCACGGAGUAUAGCGAGCAAAAAGUAUUCUACUACAGUUAUGUGUUUGCUGGUUUCAGUGAUAAUCAUUGUGGGAUAUAUUUUAUUUCAAACACAUCUUAUGAUCUCAAUAGCCAAGGAUUUACUCUCUGUAAUGUUCUGUGUUGUACCUAGAAAUGCUCAAUAUCAUUUUCAUUAGAUGUGCUGUACUUUUUUUUAAAAAAGAAGAAAAAAAAAGAAAAAUCUGAAAAAAAGUA